AUGCCGCUUCAAAUUGGUCUUGGUCCUUGCUGCGAUCUCGCAGCCGUCUUCGGGCGCUCUCUCCUGGGAAUAAUUGGUGUUGCUUUGGGCUAUAAAUCGUUCCAUAGUUCCACCAUCAUCUAUAACCCUGCAAUGUUCUCUAAGCCUCUGGUCGAAAGCAUGAAAAGCGCCUCGAACUCAAACCAUGCACGAUUACAACAAAAGAAUUAUCUUCGUCAUUUCGCUGUCUCUUUUGUUCUGCUUGUCUCCAUUUAUCAACUCUAUUUUCAACACUGGCACUUGUCUGGGUUGUUUUUGUUACACGCUCGACCCGCCCUCAACAAUCCGAAGGCUGGGGUCGCUAUCGACGGCCUUGGUAAUUUCAACUGGACUGCUCACUCGCCUUCAAAAGCACUGAAUUGGACAGAUUGUUAUAAUGGAUUUCGAUGUGCCAGACUGACAGUACCUUUAGAAUACUCGGAUCCAUCUGGAGAGGAAGCUGCAAUUGCUCUAAUCAUGUCUCCGUCAAGGUAUCCACCAGGUCAUACGAACUACCGCGGACCGAUUCUCUUCAAUCCUGGCGGUCCAGGAGGCUCCGGUAUUGGGUUUUUGAUAUUAUUCGAGAAGGCUUUGCGAGCGGUUCUGUUCGAUGCCUUUGAUCUGGUCAGCUUUGAUCCAAGAGGUGUUGGCUUCACAACUCCAGGAUUAAACGUUUUUGAGGAUCAAGUCGAGGCCGGCAAGUAUUAUUCACAAUUCACAUUGGACCUCAAUGCUUCAGCGUCAACAUUGGGAGAAGCAUAUGCCAGAGCACGUAUCCUCAGCAAUCUCGUAGCCGACCGUGCGCGAUUCGUCGCAGAGCGGAUGUCUACUCCGAUCGUUGCUCGGGAUAUGCUUGGCAUCGUUAAUGCAUUCGGGCAGGAAAAGCUCCAAUAUUGGGGAUUUUCAUAUGGUACUAUUCUUGGUGCAACAUUUGCAGCAAUGUUUCCGGACCAAGUCGGACGAGUCGUCAUCGAUGGUGUUGUGGACACGGAAGAUUACUAUAGUGGCCUAUGGGCAAACAAUCUCAGAGACACUGACGCUGCACUCAUGGACUUCUAUCAAGCCUGUGUAACAGCAGGACCCUCGAAAUGUCCCAUAUAUGAGAACACUACCUCCUUGAUCCAGGAACGAAUUGAUCGUCUAUUGGACAAGCUACAACGGGUUCCCUUGGCUUUCCAUGAUGAUACAUCCUCUCCACUCGGCAGCGACUUUGAGGUUAUCAGUCACGGACUAGUGAGGGAAGCUAUUUUCAAUGUCCUUUAUAAAACGCAUAGUGCUGGAGCCACCCUUGCACAUGCACUAGCUGCUCUGGAACGGGGAAAUACAUCCCAGAUUUACCAGCUCUCACGAAAAUUUCUAUACAACAGUUAUCUACGUUGUGACUGUCCCUUGAAGCCCGGAGAGACACCUAUUCGAUUCCAAGGAGAAUACGAGACUACGUAUGCAAUUUCGUGUGGAGAUGCAAUAGAACGUAACGAGGACCUGGAAGAUACGCGAAAAGCAUACGAAGAGAUGGCUAAGAAUACAAGCUUUGCGUUUACUUGGCCACCUCGUGUCUUCUGCUCAGCAUGGAAACUACGUGCUAAGGAACAGUUCAAUGGUACGAUUGAGCCCAAGACGACAAGCCAUCCAUUGUUACUUAUUAGUAAUACCGCGGAUAAUGUUACCCCACUGUGGAAUGCCCACAAGAUGUCGAAGAGUUUCAAAGACUCUGUCGUCCUAACACAGAACUCUUCAGGACAUUGUUCGAUCUCGGCCGCUUCUUUAUGCACGUUCAAAGCAAUCCGUAAAUACUUCAUCAACGGCACGCUUCCGGAGUAUGGCACUGUCUGUGAGACAGAGAGUAGCAUCUUUGGAGAGAAAGCAUUUAGACUCGAUGCUCUGAAUGCGGAAGAUAGGGAAUUGAUCGAAGCUUCCCGGAUGUUUCAAGAGAAUUUCUUUGGUCCGAUGUUCGGUGGCGGGUUUCGACACGUCUAA